AUGGAGGCGGACGAGCCGGCGGAGGAGGCGCGGCGCGCAAAGGAGGCCCGGCGCCACGGCGCGCUCCUCGACCCCAGAGACAUCUCCUUCCUCACCAACCGCGCCGCCGCCUACCUCCACAUGGGCAAGUAUAACGAGGUCGUGAGGGACUGCGACGAGGCGGUGAAGCGCGGCAGGGAGCUCAGCACCGACAACAAAUUGAUUGCGAAGGCCCUGACGAGGAAGGCGGCGGCGCUGAUCAAGCUCGCGGAUUGCGCCAGGGACUACGCGCCGGCAAUUAGGGCCCUGCGGCAGUCGCUGGACGAACACCACAGCGAGGAGACGCUCGAGAAGCUCAACAAGGCGGAGAGUGCGAGGAAUGAGCUAGAGGCGCAGGAGCAACUGCAUGAGGCUGCCGACCACCAUCGUGAGAGAGGCAAUGAAUUGUUCAAGCAGAAGAAGUACCAUGAAGCAGCAGUACACUACACUCAAGCUAUGAAAAUGAACCCAAAGGAUCCUAGAGUUUUUAGCAACAGAGCUCAAUGCUACAUCUAUCUGGGAGCUUUACCUCAAGGCCUCGAGGAUGCAGAGAAAUGCAUCGAACUGGAUCCUACUUUUCUGAAGGGUUAUGUGUGCAAAGCUAAAGUUCAGUUCCUGAUGGAAGAUUAUGAAAAUGCUAUGGCAACUUACCAAGAGGGUUUGAGGUGUGACCCAAAUAACCUGGAAGUACUUGAUGGCUUAAGGAGAUGUGAAACAUACAUUAAGAGGGGUCAUGGGGGCGCUGGUCGUGAGUUCUUUAAACAGAUGUUGGGAGGUUUUCAUCCAGAAGACAAUUUGCGUGAUAUACAAAAGGCAUUUUCUACAAUCUCAUCCAUGCAGGAAGCUUCUGAAGAGCCCUUGGGGCAUACCAAAUCUGAACGGAUGAGAGAAUUUUGUACAGAAGAUGGUUUGGAUAGAUUCCAAAAUGCAAUGGAACAAUUUGCAAUAUUCAAGAAGGAAGCUUCUGAAGAGCGCUUGAGGCGUACUGAAUCUGAACGAAUGGCUAGGACAAUGGAGGGCUUGUAUUUAAACCAGGUCCAACAAAGGAAAGAAACUGAGGAAUUUCUUUCAAGGAUACAACAGGAGUUGGAAUGCUUUAAAAUACAACAUGAUGAGGUCACUAAAAAGCUUCAGAAGGCCAAUGAGCAUAAUGAGCGUCUACAACGUCAGCUCUCUGAAUCCAGAGGACAGUAUGACUGGCUUCUAUCAGAGCAUGAUCACUUGCUACAUGAUAGGGAUCGUGCAGUUCGUGAGGUUGAAGAGUUACGCCAGAAAAGAGGGCAGAUGCUUUUGGAUUUGGUUACAUCAAUGUACUUAGAAUUUUCACCAUCUGAACUGGAGUUUGCAAGUAAAAAUUUCAGCAGUUCACUGAUGAUUGGAGAAGGUGCAUUCGGAUGUGUAUACAGAGGUGUCCUCAGAAACAUGACAGUUGCAAUAAAGGUGUUGAAACCUGAUACUUUGCAGGGAAGAUCACAGUUCGAGCAAGAGGUUGCUAUCCUGAGUAGGGUGAGGCACCCUCACCUUGUAACUCUAUUAGGAGCAUGCUCAGAAUCAUCUGCACUUGUCUAUGAGUUCUUGCCAAAUGGAAGUCUUGAAGAUUUUCUCGUCUGUGCAGAUAAAAGGCAAACUUUGCUGUGGCAGAUCCGCAUCCGAAUUAUUUCUGAGAUAUGUUCAGCACUCAUCUUUCUGCACACGAAUAAGCCACACCCAGUUGUUCAUGGUGAUCUGAAGCCAGCCAACAUCCUUCUUGAUGUUAACUUAGUCAGUAAGCUUAGUGACUUUGGUAUCUCUCGCCUCCUAAUCCAGUCCAGCACCAAUAACACUACCCUUUAUCGCACCAUGCAUCCAAUGGGAACCCCCUUGUACAUGGACCCAGAAUUUUUUGCCACUGGAGAGCUGACAUGUCAGUCCGAUGUGUAUUCUUUUGGGAUUGUGGUCUUGCGCCUUUUGACAGGGAAACCUCCUGUUGGUAUAAAGAAGACUGUGGAGGAUGCGAUGAUGAAAGGUGAUCUGAACUCAGUAGUUGAUUCCUCAGCAGGAGAGUGGCCUGAUGUGCAAGUCCAACAGUUAGCACACCUUGCUCUUAGUUGCACGGAGCUGAGCCGGAGGUGCCGUCCUGAUCUCUUGGGCGAUGUGUGGAGAGUGGUUUUGGCCAUGAGGGAUGCUGCGUCUGUGACUAUACCUUCUGCCUCAUCAUCUAGAUCAAUGUCUGAUAAAAACCGCACUCCAUCGUAUUUCAUCUGCCCUAUAUCUCAGGAUGUCAUGAGCGAUCCACAUAUCGCGGCUGAUGGAUUCACCUAUGAAGCCGAAGCCAUCAGGAUCUGGCUCGACAGUGGCCACGACACAUCUCCAAUGACCAACAUGCGACUAGAACACGACGAGCUCAUUCCCAAUCGCGCUCUUCGUUCUGCCAUCCAGGAAUGGCUGCAGCAGCAGAAUACGGCCUUGUAG